AUGCUAAUUCUAAAUGAAUAUCAACCCAAAAGAGAUAACUCUAGCUCUAGAACCAUUAGGGAGGAGGAGUUAGCCGCCUGUGUGUCCUCACAGUGCUGCGGCUGCUCUCUCUCUCCUGCUCCAGGACCUGGAGACAACCAGUUCCUCUUCUUCAGCCUCACCUCCAUUGACUCAGCAGCCAUGGCACCCAAAAAGAACAAAGCUGCCAAGAAGAACAAGAGUGACAUCAAUGAGAUGACCAUCAUGGUGGAGGACAGCCCCAUUAACAAGAUCAAUGGACUCAACACUCUGCUGGAGGGAGGCAAUGGCUUCAGCUGCAUCUCUACUGAAGUCACAGACUCAGUGUAUGCUCCCAACCUGCUGGAGGGUCUGAGCAGCAUGCGGCAAGAAAGCUUUCUGUGUGAUCUGACAGUCGGAACCAAGUCCAAAUCGUUUGACGUGCACAAGGUUGUCAUGGCUUCUUGCAGCGAGUACAUACGUAACAUAUUAAAGAAGGAUCCCUCUCUUCAGAAGAUUGACCUGAAUGAACUCUCCCCUGUUGGUCUGGCAACAACCAUCACAUACGCAUACUCCGGGAAACUCACUCUGUCGCUCUAUGGCAUUGGGAGUACAAUUGCUGCUGCCAGGUUGUUGCAAAUUGGUACACUUGUGAAGAUGUGCAGUGAUUUUCUGAUGCAAGAGCUAAGUGUGGAGAAUUGUAUGUAUGUAGCAAAUAUAGCCGAUGCUUACGAGCUCAAAGAAACGAAGGAAGCCGCACAGAAAUUCAUGAGGGAGAACUUUAUUGAGUUCUCUGAGAUGGAGCAGUUCCUGAAGCUAACCUAUGAGCAGAUCAGUGACUUCUUGUGUGACGACUCUUUGCAGCUUCCCUCUGAGGUGACAGCUUUCCAGAUUGCAAUGAAAUGGUUGGACUUUGAUGAGAAGAGGCUAAAGUAUGCGGCUGAUCUUCUUACUCUUAUUCGCUUUGGAACCAUCUCAGCUCAAGAUCUGAACAUCCUCCAGUCACGCAGAACCAAGGUAAGAGGAGGCAUCAAGGUCAUUCUGACUGUGGGCGGACGUCCAGCUCUGACAGAGAAAUCCCUGAGCAAAGAUGUGCUCUACCGGGACGACGACAAUGUGUGGAAUAGGCUCACAGAGCUUCCAGCCAAAAGCUUUAACCAGUGUGUGGCCGUGCUUGAUGGGUUCCUGUAUGUGGCUGGUGGAGAAGACCAGAAUGAUGCAAGGAAUCAAGCUAAGCACGCUGUAAGCAACUUCUGCAGAUAUGAUCCACGCUUCAACACUUGGAUUCAUCUGAACAACAUGAUCCAGAGACGUACUCACUUCAGCCUCAACACUUUCAAUGGCCUCUUGUUUGCUAUUGGUGGGAGAAAUGGAGAUGGGGUCCAGGCCUCAGUGGAGUGCUAUGUGCCCUCUUCUAAUCAGUGGCAGAUGAAGGCCCCCAUGGAAGUGCCACGCUGCUGUCAUGGCAGUUCUGUUAUUGAGGGGAAGAUUCUGGUGUCUGGAGGAUACAUCAAUAACGCCUACUCCAGAGCAGUGUGCUGCUAUGACCCGUCCACCGAUAGCUGGCAGGAUAAGAGCAGCUUGAGCACCCCUCGAGGGUGGCACUGUGCUGCCACAGUGGGAGACCGUGCAUUUGUGAUUGGGGGCAGUCAGCUGGGUGGGCGUGGGGAGAGGGUGGAUGUCAUGGCUGUAGAGUCUUACAACCCUCACAGUGGUCAGUGGAGCUACAGUGCACCACUGCAUACAGGAGUGAGCACAGCUGGCAUCGCCAUCUUUAACAAGAAGAUUUAUCUGCUUGGAGGCUGGAACGAGGGUGAGAAGAAAUACAAGAAAUGUAUUCAAGUUUACAACCCGGAUCUAAAUGAAUGGACUGAAGAUGACGAGCUUCCAGAGUCUACGAAAAGGCUGAAAGAGUUGGAAUUACCUGCCAGGAGUGUGUGCUUCAUGUUUGAGGCACCAAAGAAUGGAGUGGCUCUUCCCUAA